AUGGCGAGGUGCUAUUCUGACUUUUGGUGCGGCUGCCAACCUCUGGGGCACCUGGGUGACUGUAUUCUCGAGGCCAUGGCUCAGAUUGAAAUACGAGCUGAAAAUGAGCUGCAGACAAGAAAUCGUAUCGUCACGAAUCAUCUCAAGGAUCGCGACAAUUGUAUUAUUCUCAAAAUUGACACUCAUAUGACUUCAGUAAAUAACAUAUCACCAUUUGGAUUUCAUUUCGAAAUGGACCAUAAACGUUACAAAGAGCGCAAGAAACAAAUUCGUCGCCAAAAAAUUACCCAAUGGUUUUCAUGGAUCGCAUAUUAUCACCAUAAAUUUGGUAUUCGACAUAUUUUUCUAGUCAUGUUAUUAGCAGCCUAUGUAUUUAUUGGCGGUGCUAUAUUUUGGAGGCUUGAAUCUCCAAAUGAAAUUACUGAUCUCAAAGAAACUAUUGUGCUCAUGCAAGGUAUCAUAGCUGAAAUGACUGUAGAUGUGAUUAAUGUAACGUUAUCCUUUAAUGGAACACAGAGAGAUGAACAACUUGCAAAAAUGAUUAAGAUAUACUACAAAACCAUGUUAGAAGCAGAAGGCCGCUUUCAUGGCAGCGUUUGGCACAAAGCCGAAAAUCUCGACAUGCAUUUGAUGUGGUACUACUCGAGCGCUACUUUUUACGCUAUGACAUUGUUUUCAACGAUUGGUUACGGUACAAUCGUUUGCCAAACCUUUUGGGGACGUGCCCUCUCUGUUGUGUACGCGUGUAUUGGCAUACCAUUGAUGUUAGUGGUUUUGGGCGACAUAGGAGAAUGGUUCCAAAAAAUUCUGACAAGGAGCUACAUUUACUGCUUGUUGAGAUGGAAAAGCUUUCGGAAAAAGAAGUUCGAUACACCUCUUGAUGAAAUUUUUCUACCAAUGUGGAUUGCGCUACCCUUGGUGUUGGCCUACAUUGUAAGCUGUACAUUUGCUAUACACUGGUUUGAUCAUAAUGAAGGGAAUAAGCCGGGCAUCGACUUUCCUGACGCAUUCUAUUUUACAUUUAUUAGUCUAACCACUAUAGGCCUAGGCGAUGUUAUGCCCUUCAAUAUACAGUAUUCACCAUUCUUGGCUGGUGCUUUUCUUCUGGGUCUGGCUUUAGUCAGUAUAGUAAAUACUAGCAUCUAUGCUCAGCUGUACGACAUUUUCUUUACAUUCGUGGAGAAAGUCGAGAAACAUCUGGAAAGAAUUCACAAGGAACAUCAUCAUGGUCAUGGAUAUAGGGUAUUUCAGGAUAUGGAGCCAGCUUUUCGAUUGCUUGUCUGCUCUUUCCCUCACAUACCUAAGGAAUCUAAAGAAGAAUGGUGUGAAAAUGUCCAAGAAAGCUUCCGAUUGAUAAAGAAACCUAAGAAGACAGUCCGGAUGGAAGUGCCUGCGCAUGUCCGUAAACGCACCAUUUCUGAUCUUGCCGCCCAUGACGGGGAGCAUGUGCAUCCGCAAGAAAAGCCACAAACUCCUAGAAGACGAGCUCCAACUCUUGGAGCCAUGGGCGGAUUAGAUCUUGCAAAGUUCAGAAAAAUGCACGAGGAUCGACGAGCCAGAGAAAGGGCGGAAAGGAUGAAGGCGAAAAUUGCUAACGAGACGAAUACUAGUAGUGAAGAAGAAGAAUCGGAAAGUGAACCUGAGCGGUUAACUGAGGAAGAUUCUCCGUCUAUAGAUAGUUCACAGGGUGUCUGA